AUGGGUAAGGAGAAGGUUCACAUUAACAUUGUGGUCAUUGGCCACGUUGACUCCGGAAAGUCUACCACUACCGGUCACUUGAUCUACAAGCUUGGUGGUAUUGAUAAGCGUGUCAUUGAAAGGUUCGAGAAGGAGGCUGCUGAGAUGAACAAGAGGUCAUUUAAGUAUGCCUGGGUGCUCGACAAGCUCAAGGCUGAGCGUGAGCGUGGUAUUACCAUUGAUAUAGCCUUGUGGAAGUUCGAGACCACCAAGUACUAUUGCACUGUCAUUGAUGCUCCUGGACAUCGUGACUUUAUCAAGAACAUGAUUACUGGUACCUCGCAGGCUGAUUGUGCUGUCUUGAUCAUCGAUUCCACAACUGGUGGUUUUGAAGCUGGUAUCUCCAAGGAUGGCCAGACCCGUGAGCAUGCUUUACUUGCUUUCACCCUCGGUGUCAGGCAGAUGAUUUGCUGCUGCAACAAGAUGGAUGCCACCACACCAAAAUACUCCAAGCCUAGAUAUGAUGAAAUUGUGAAGGAAGUUUCUUCCUACAUCAAGAAGGUUGGGUACAACCCUGACAAGAUUCCAUUUGUCCCUAUUUCUGGUUUUGAGGGUGACAACAUGAUUGAGAGGUCCACCAACCUCGACUGGUACAAGGGCCCAACCCUGCUAGAAGCCCUUGACCAGAUUCAGGAGCCCAAGAGGCCCUCAGAUAAACCUCUUCGACUCCCACUUCAGGAUGUAUACAAGAUUGGUGGUAUUGGUACUGUCCCAGUUGGUCGUGUGGAGACUGGUGUCAUCAAGCCUGGUAUGGUUGUCACCUUCGGUCCCACUGGAUUGACCACUGAAGUUAAGUCUGUUGAGAUGCACCACGAAGCCCUUCAGGAGGCUCUCCCUGGAGAUAAUGUUGGUUUCAAUGUGAAGAAUGUUGCUGUCAAGGAUCUCAAGCGUGGUUAUGUGGCCUCUAACUCCAAGGAUGAUCCUGCUAAGGGAGCUGCUAGCUUUACCUCUCAGAUUGACAGACGAUCUGGUAAGGAGCUUGAGAAGGAGCCUAAGUUUUUGAAGAACGGUGAUGCUGGUAUUGUGAAGAUGAUUCCAACCAAGCCCAUGGUGGUGGAGACUUUCUCCGAGUACCCACCUCUUGGUCGUUUUGCCGUUAGGGAUAUGCGUCAGACUGUUGCUGUUGGAGUCAUCAAGAAUGUUGAUAAGAAGGAUCCAUCCGGUGCCAAGGUUACCAAAGCUGCUGCCAAGAAGGGUGCGAACUCUGGCGACUCCUAUAGUGGUUGGGUGCAGUGGGUACGGUGGUGGUGGGUGCUGUGGUUGGGUGUUGAGGCGUGCUGUGGUUGCGGUGAGUGGGGAUGUUUGAGUGGUUUUAGUGGCGGUGGCGGAUCGGGUUGCUUGAUGGUGGAUCGAGAUUUGGUGACUGUUCUGUGGAGGUGUUGGUGGCUGUGCUAUGGAGGUGAGGUGGUGGAUCUGGCUGCUUGA